GCUGAUUGCUAGGCUGUCGGUGCUACUGAAGCGGUGGUUGCGGCACCCGGCCACUCACCAAUACGACGACCCGCUGCGCCUUUUAGGUUUAUAUGGUGAUCGUUGUCCCAACAAUUAAACUGAGUCCUAAGCCGCGCGAACUGAUCGGUAUCACUCUGCUUACAAACGCUUCAGACGGAACCCGUUUUAGGACGUCAGAGUGUGAAAGGUGUAGCACAGAUUCGCCCGUAUCCGCCUCAGCGCGAUUUUAGCAGACCAUGAAAGUGAUGAUUUAUGGAAUCGGUCUGAAACUGGGCAAAUCAGAGUUUCGCUUGGAGGCAUAGUCAUACACUGGGCACCCUGUUUUUUUUACAUAGGCUAACGGUAACUUACGGAGGCUAACGAUAACUAAACUACGGAGAUACCCGUCAACUAGUAAUGGCUAAAAAGCACGAUUUAGGUCCAGUCCUGUCAGCCUUCAUUAUUUCUUUUUAACUCGGACAUCCAGGUUCGGCAGUGUUAGCGCUGAUUUGUCUAGCGGACACCAGACCCCGAGUCACGUCCUGAUUCACUGAUUUUAUUGCAGCCGCAUCUUGGCAGCUGCUCCAUCCCGAGUCCCAUCUUAAUACACUAGCUUCUUCAGGGAAUUCGACAAACACCGAUCCGCAUUUUUUCUAAAGAUUUACAACACACCUCUUGAAACGGGGAGCAACGGUCCACCUACAAAAAAAAAAGUUUCCUCGGACCAGCCUGCUCCCGAAAUCUUUAGACGCCGUUAGAGUUCUUGAUUUUUAAGAGCUCGCACCUUGUCUCAGGGGACAGAAUACAUUAUUACCUGCAUUCGUGUGCAAGAUGAAUCUCUGGACCUACAAGAAGCUUUAUUAUCCGGCUGACUAGCAUCCCGCCCCACGUCUCGGUUGCUCCCUCAGCAUACUUGCAGCUUAUGACAUCGGAGGAACGGUGAGGCAAAAGCCAGCAGCACCAACCGGCGGGCCACUCAUCAUUCUUCGCGUGCUUCCUGCCUCAGUGGACUACUUUAGCAACAUAUUGCUUACCGCCCCAUACGAAGCGUUCAGACCACAACCAAUCAUCCCGACCCGCAAGAAAGAAAGCGCAACCUUUUCAGCCUGCAACAUCGCUUCAUUCAAGUCCUGCACCAGCAAGCCACAAUCUUGGCAAGGAAGCUCCUCGAGACCCGUUGCGGUCGCAUGAGAGGCAGGAGCGUGCCAAUUAAAAGUGUCUGCCGUCAAUGAACACGUCGGUCAUUUUACUGAGCGUGAUCUCUGUGUCUGGAGAGAAGCGGCUUGCAGAGGAGCCUACAGCACCUGAAUGUCAAGGCAACAGUUAAGGUGAAUAUCCGAGAGGCAGUCGAGUGAACUGGAUCGCCUAGCACCUGUGCGAAAGAAGCACGGGGGAGCCGCGCUUGUCCUCUGAGCGAACAGGUUCACCUUGGAGGCAGCAAACCGAGGGAUAGAGAAGACAUGACUGAAAACAGCGACAAAGAGGGCGAGCCCCAACAGCCAGAGGCGCCGCGAUCGCCGAGUACUGUGUCCGUGCUGCCGGACUCUAAGCUACAAAGACUAAAACGCUCUCUGUCCUUCAAGAAGAUGAUCCGCAGCAAAAGUGUGGAGAACUUUUUCCAGCGUGCCAACAGUGAAAUCAAACUUGCCAGCGAACUCAUUGCUGUAUCGCCCCUUUCUCCUCCUCCUCCUCCUCCUCCAGAGAACUCACCCUCAUCUUACCCUGACCCGCCGUCGCCCAGUCCCAGUCCAGCCCUCUCGGCCAGAGCCCCGGCGCCGGCACGCCCACAGCAGACCCACUACUUUCAAGAGCAUGUGUUCCGCAAGCCCACCUACUGCCAGCUCUGCAAACAUAUGAUUGUAGGUAAUUCCAAGCAGGGACUGCGCUGUAAGAACUGCAAACUUGGCGCCCACUUGUGGUGUUCUUCAGAACUGUCCCAACAGCUGUGCAGUGGUAAAACGUCAGGGGCAUUCAAGAGAAACUUCAGUUCUCCUUUGCUUGUUAAUGACCAGUUGGAAGUUGUGAAGGAGGCGCCACCUGCUGGAGGAAAAGGACGUGUGGACCCAGUAUAUGAGACCCUGCGUUAUGGGACUUCCCUUGCACAGAUGAGUCGCUCAAGCUUUAGCAGUGUGUCUGAAUCGCCUACUCGGAGCCAGGGUGACAGAGAAGAAAGUCCAGCAGAGGAGGAAGGCCAGCAUGAUAGUGUAUUUGGAGCAGAAAAUGAGAAGACAGAGCCAGGGGACAGGGUCAGCGUGAAGACUCCAAGGCGGAUUGAAGUGCAUCCCAUGCAUACCUAUGUGGCACUGUACAAAUUCAUUCCACAGGAGCAGAAUGACCUGGAACUGCAGCCAGGAGACCGAGUGCACGUGACAGAUGAUUCCAACGAGGACUGGUGGAAGGGGAAGAGCAUAGACAAAGAGGGUUACUUCCCUGCAAAUUUUGUCCAGAGAGUGAGGCCAGGUGAAAAGGUGUGGAAGGUGACACGACCUUUUCAGGGAAACCGGGACCUGGGCCAGCUGAGCAUCAAGGAGAGUCAGAUUUGCGUUGGCAAGGGGGAUGAAACUGAUGGCUUUGUGAAAGUGAGCAGUGGAAAGAAACGGGGUCUUGUACCCACAGACUCUUUAGACGAGGUCUGAAGUCUGGAUGAUCUUGCACAUUCAAGAUGAAGUUGUGACUAAAGCCAUUGCAAUCUACUGCCUGCUCACCUGGACAACCUCAAUCUUCAGCAGCACCCCAAGUAUGGAUCUCCUCAAAGAAAGCCGUGCACUGACAGCAUUUCCCAAUACCUCAACCAUCAAUUUUCACUCAGACAUUAGCAAAAGAACAGCCCUCUCACUUGCUAGGCUGUGUUGUUAAUGUUGUGCAAUGUUGAUUAUUAUAGUAUAGGCACAGGGGUGCAGGAAAUUUCUUUGAUGGCAGUAAUUUAUUUAAAUUGCCAUUCUCCAAUUCUUAAAAAGUGGGAUGAAAAAAACAGUAUCUUGUUUUCCUUACAAGACAGAAACAUGUUUGUGGCAGUGUGUACUCAUCUUGGGUGUCUGCAAGGCAGCAUACAUUAUAGAAAGUUGUGUACAUUGUAAAGUGAUGAUUAGUAGGCUCUCUUACUGCACUAACACAUCUUUUUGCAACUGAAAUGUUCUUCUUGCCAUCAUAACACGAAAAAAAAAACACUUGCAGCUGAUUUGCAACUCUACAUUUCCUCUCUGUGAGCAGUGUUUUUCCAGUUCUCACAUUAGUAUAGCCCAGUAGUUAGUGCAUUUCAGGUUUUUCACAGACGUUCACACAGUUCCAAGUCCAUCACAAGAUAACCUCAAUGAUCAAUGAUGUGUCUGCUCAGGAAUUUUCUCAGGGCAACACAACCCUCAAAGGAGUUCUCCUUUGGCACAAUUUGAGUUUCUGUCUUUGAGGGUGCCUCUUACGCAACAGUAGGCUGGCUCUCUCUCUCUCUCUCUCUCGCUGUCUCUCUCAGCCUUCCUGUGAUACUCGCCCCUUCCCCAAGUGAAUCGAGGUCAUGAUACCAUUUGUCCCUGCUCCAGAACUCACUCAGGGCAGCAUCCUCCUUUCACAUACUCGUCCUUCCUUAGGGAACAGCAGUGGCAGAACUCAAACUUGGGGGAAUCUGGAUUACUUGUAGGCCUUUCCUGCCACCAUACGAAGGGAUCUGCCUUUGGCAUAAGCGGAUAAGCUGCUGCUUACCAACUUGGGAGGCCUCAGGUUUGUGGCCAGCUUCUCUGUGUGAGAAUAUGAAAGAGAGAGAAGCAGGGUACUGAGCAAUUUCUUGCUAGUGGCAUAUCGAGAUUGAGAGAGUGUGCCUGUCAGCUCUUUAAUCUGAUGCUGUCCCAAUUGCAGUAGAAAUCAUAAGCUCUCUGGCUCAGUUUGGGGAGUGACUUCCCUUUAGCUCUAACUAGAUAAGCUGCUGGUUAAUGACUCAGAGGUCCUGGGUUUGAGGCCAGCUUCUCUGUGUGAGGACAUGAAACUGAGACAGGUGAUGCCAUGUAUAAUUUAUUACUGGUGACAAAUGGAUUCCAUAUAUUUUGUAGUGUUAAGUUUGUGGUGUUCCAGCAUGUUUGCCUAGUUUGGCUAUGUCCAUCUACCACAUGACCUUUAGCUUUCCAAUUGUCAAGCAUGCAAAUGGUGGUCACAUUGCUAAGUAUUGAGCUUUGUUCCUUGUAACUCAUUUUGUAGCAUUCUUUAAAACAAACCUCCACAUAUUCCGAAACUUUCCUUGCUUCAUUUAUCUAUAUUCUCAGCUCUACUAAAAUUGUUCUAACCCAGCAGCAUGUUGCACCUGCCUGCAUGAUUUCAAUUUCAUGUUUCUCCCAGUUUGAUCCAAGUAAUUCAAAGAUGCAGAGGUCAGUAAGAACUUGACCAUAGCCAAACAUCUGAACGUUUAUGUUAUUGCUGUAAGCAGGAGACAGAGACAAGCACCUGUAGGUGGUGGAUGAAACAUCUUUUCAAAACGGGAUGUCAAAUACAAGAACUUUUCUUUCCAGUGCUUUAUCGCAGGAAAUAUUGUUUAUAACAAUUGUUUUACACCAGGGCCGUCACGUGAAUGACUGUUUCUAGUGGGUCCAGGUUUCUCUCAGGACAGUUUGUCUCCCAGUACUGCACAAGCCAUUUUGUUUUUUAAGCAGUUAUCUGGUUGCAAGCUCAUCGUGUAUGUAGCUGUUGGUUUCUGGUUCCCCUGCAAGAGAUUUUGUUCCCUCUCAUCAUCUGGUUCCUCAUUAUCCGGUUCCUUAUUCCAUAGUGAUCAGUUAAAUCCUGGUUUGUUUCCAGGGAGGUUUUUAAUCCCAGGACUCCUAACUGAAACUUUUGUUUUUUGUGGUCAGUGGAGAUCACACCAUUUGCAGGAAAUCUAUACCUAGAGAACUUUGAAUUCCAAAGUUUGCAGGGCUUUUUGUGUUUCUGUGUCUCUUUGGUGUCAGUGAAACAUGCCCUCCGGGCUUCAUCCAGAGGACUUUGUUCACUCCGCCAUUGUUAAAUUUUAGGUGUCACAUUCAGUGAAUUCAUGGUUCCUCAGUGGAAAUGUAGCCCCAUGUGGUACUGUAUCUCCAUGUCUCGCAUUUAUGACUAAUUUCUGUGAAGUCAAUAGUUUCCAAGUUUUUGAGAUGAGACUAAUACUGCUUUUUCACUAAAAUCAGGAACAAGAACCCUAGAGGCAGUUUGGUUCUAGGGGAUAUUCCAUUUCAAGAAAGAAGGCUCACUUGAGCAUUUAUUGCAUCAACAGUAAUCAAAUCAUCUUGUUGUACUUAUCCAUGUAGAAGAUAUGUCCAAAGUACAAGCAAUACACAUUUUUCUUUUUGCUGCUUUUUACACACUUAACUUUUGAUUUUUACUCUACACUGUUUUAAGCAAGAUCAAGGCAGUAAACAACCCAGGACAGGACCUGUCAGCAGUGCAUUUCAGGACUUUCUCAUACAGGCACCCACAAAGGGACAUUUUAGAAUCGCCAGUUAACCUGACAAACAUUUCUUUGGGAAUGUAGGAGGACAAUACAGAGAAAAUCUGCGGACUUCAAACAAAUUAUCAGUAACAGGUUUGUGAGGCAGCAGCUCUAACCUCUCCACCCCAAUGCUGAUCCCAGGAACCAAAUUAGCCAUACAAUUUCAGUUUCUGGAAUUUUGAAUAACUCUGAUUAGCCUGGAUUUUGAUGGUAUGGAAAGGUGGCAACCAUUCCCAAUGAUUAACUCAUUCCAGCAUGCUCACAAAAAUCCUUUUCUUCCAGUAGACACUGCAUUGCAGGUUCCUCAAAAAAAUCAGCAAGUCAUUAUGUAAGAUAUUUUGUUCCAAUGGUCAGUAGUGUAUAAAUGUCAACAUAAAAAAUUUUGUUUGUUCACAGUAGUUACUGUAUUUAUCAAAAAAGGAGACUUUCUUUUCUGUGACAAAUGGAUUCCAGAUCUUCCACCAUACACUUUUGUUAAGGAACAUAGGAAUGAUUUUGUUCUGUUUUGCCAAUUUGUGCAUCUCACUAGAGGUCUUGUAUCUGUCACUUGCUUAUUAUAUAAGCCUGAUUGUUUCUUUAAGGGUCAGUCAGACAUGAUUCCUUUGCAAGUGACCUUUUCACAAGUCUUAUUUGCUUUUCUCUUGUUUUCUUACACAGGAAUUUUCAAGAGCUGAUCUUUCCUCAUCUCUUGCUGGGGAUGUUUGCUGCCAUUCACUCUCUUAGCUUUGUCAUAAGAGAUUUCUGCCCCAGUGAAUCGUAAGGAAACCUUUCUCAAGGUGCAUUAGCUCUCCCCGCUCACAUAUUGGCUUUCUGACCAAGUCAAUUUGUAUAGUGUAUUUUGUGAGUCAUGUAAAAUUCCCUUUUCCUCAUCUUCACUUGAUUCAAUUUUACUGGCCAGGUUUUACACUUGAGAAAAUCCUGGUGCUCACCAAAGCAAAGUGCAUGACUGAAAAGCAAUAUUUGCUCUAGUAUAGUCUCUUUUCUCAUUAGUCAUAAUUUGAUUUAUGGAAGGAGUAAAGGAAUAUUUUAUAAAACAUGAACUGUGGCGUCAAAUGUCAUAUUGGAAAAUGGCAAUUUAUACACAAUCACAUCACAGCAGCCAUAAUUCUAAGUGCAGCAAAGGCCAAGGACACCGGCCAUUGUUAAGUGCCUAUCACUGGAUCACUUAUAAGAUUAUGGUAAAAGUGGGGAAUUUUCAAACAUCCCAUUAAAAUGCCAGGCCUGAUGCCACUGAUAUGGAGAAAUAUUCCACAAGCAUAUUUUGGUCUUGUGCUGUCCAAAUCAUCUGUCCACUCAUGUUCUGCUUCUCUUUUGUCCAAUUCAGGGUCGCAGGAGGAUAGGGCACAAGGUGGGAACCAGUGCUGGACAGGAUGCCAAUCUAUUUUGGGACACACUCAUCUCUUUUGUCUUAACAUCUACUUCUGUAAUUAAGAGAAAGCUGUGUUUUUCUGACAGCCUUUCAGCAUGUUCUAAUCAAGUGGUGCAUUUGUAUCUCUAUCAAUUACUAAAUCAGGCCAUAUUUUAUCCAUAACUUUUUAAAAAUUACGUCUCCUGCAUUCUUAGUGAGAAACAGCAAGAAGAAUCAUUUAUAUACAUGUAAAAAUGACUAAAACUGUGAGCUUUACACAAAGGAGUACAGUGGCUUUACCUCAAUCACAAAUACAACAAAACACUUUCAAUUGAUAUAGCUCCUUACAAUAUGAGCACAGAAGGGGUGAGUGAUUUACUCAAAAUCACAAAGUGAGUCGGAGGCAGGAAUGCAACUGGCAAACAGUUACUAAUAAAGAACAUGUUUGGAUCAGUUUAGGGUUGUAGGGGAUAUGUGCAGCAGUAUAAGACACAAGGUAGGACCCCUGGACAGGACCAUAAUAUGUCACAGUUCCUACUUUCAAAUAGGGUGAAUCUGAAUUCACCAAUCAAUUUAACAUGUUCUCUUUUAGGAUGUAAUUACCACACAGAUAUGAGGAGAAUAUGAAAACACCCCAGAGAUAACAACUCAGGAUGCUAAAUCCAUGUGGCAACAAUGCCAACCAAUGCACCACCUACAGUUACCUACUAUUUCUUUCCACGUGUCUGAAUUAGGUUAGGUUAAAAAGAAUUAAAAAAAAAAAAAAGAAAA